AUGGCACCGAAUCUUCCAAUUACAUCUACAAUUCUACCGGCUCGAAAGUCUUUGAGUAGUCAGCCACUUAUUAGACAACCCUCCCCCGCGGCUUACCUAUUAAUAGAUAAUGGAGAUGAAGAAAUUAGUUGCGAAACAUUUAAUGUUCUAGAAAAAAAACAAUCAGAACUCUCAAAUUUAGAAACUCAAGAUCACAAAGAAGUAAUAGCGCAAUUCGAUCCAUUUGCAAAACCACCAGAAAGAAAUAAUCGGCG